UGCGAAUAUGUAAUCGGGACGAAACCACCCGACACCUUUAGAGCGACCCUGAGCACCAGCGACCGCGAUCACCGCUACACCUGGACUGAAUUUGCAUUCGUUUUUUGUUGUUGUUUUCGACUGGUAUAAAUGGAAUGAAGUCACUGUUGAAUGAAAAAGGUGAACCAUUUAUCAGCGUCGUGGAGUAUGAUGGCUACCUUUUCCCAAACCUGCUAGCAAAAGUAGAUGUCCCCAAAUACUUAGCAGCCAGAAAUGAACUUGGAUUCGAUGGUGACGAAAUAUGCAUAGCUACGUAUCCAAAAACAGGUACUCAUUGGGCAUAUGAGGUAUGUCGCAUGCUUAAGGCAGGAAACACUGACUUCAUGAACGAGCUGGUACCAAUCUUAGAUUACACUCCAAUGGAAGCGUUGAAAGUUGUCAAAGCCACAAACCGGAUAUAUACCUCCCACAUGUAUCCACGACACAUUCCAAAACAGCUUAUAGAGAAACGCUGCAAACUUAUUCUUGUAUAUCGAAAUCCAAAGGACACUGCAGUUUCGUAUUUUGACUUCAGCAAAAAAGUCAGAGCAUUUGAUACGGGAGAUAUGUGCUUUUCUGAAUUCCUGAGACAUUACAUCUGCGGCAAUGGUAAUAAUAGUGAUUAAAGUUCUAUUUUUUUCACACAAAUCGUCAAGAUGAUGUGAUAAUCUACUGUUAUGGAAUUUACAACAAUUCGAAGAUUUCAUAAUUUAUUUAUUUCCCUUGGACACCUAAUUCCAUCUCUAGUAUAUCCAGGGAUCGAAUGCUGUCUGACGUGAUUGAUACCAAUUCUAAAGCCGUUCUUGACAUACUGAUGUUUACUACGGAUCAAGCCGUUAACCAGAUCAAUAUAUAGUGCUCACGGCAUAUGUGACCAGUCGACAGGAGAUGCUUACUCCUCCUAGAGACCAAAUCCCACCUCUGUUGUUUGUGGAAGCUGGGCCAAAUGGGUUGAAGAGUGGAAGACAUUUAAAGAAGAAAACCCUGACUACCCUCUUUUGGAGAUCUUUUACGAGGACAUGAAAAUGAAUCUUAGAGAAUGUGUUCAGAAAAUCUCGGAAUUUCUUGGUCUCAAUUCCAUACCAGAAUUGGUUAAGGAAAUAGCCAGAAAAUGUGAAUUCAAAGUCAUGGCAGACCAUAAGAAUAAAAAUAUUCCAAAAGAUAUCGGAGCAGUGACAGACUUCAAAGACACGCACGUUUUCUACGGGAAAGGAGAAAUGGGAAAUUGGAAAAACCGUUUUACGGUGGCCGAUAACGAGGCUUUUGACAAAGCAAUGGAAACCAUUCUGCCACAAUUGGGGUUAAAUUUCACCUACGAGCAAUCACUACCAAACAAAUACCAUCAUAAACUAUAACAUUUUACUAUAGUAAAACAAAGUUGUUUGGUACUUCUGUAUUUGAUAUUGUUUAUUUACAAGUGUAAAAGGGGUACCUGGCUAUAGACAGUGGAAAAUAUUGUUAGAAUGUUAGUGCUUUAGCGCUUGUAAUGGCAGCUUGCACUGUAUGCUUCCUAGGAGGCUGAGAAAGUUCUAGAUUGAUAUAAGGUCAGCCGGGGUAAUAAUGCAUUGUAAAGCGCUUUGAGCAGCAUACGCUGGAAAAAGCGCUAUAUAAAACCAAUCAUUAUAAUUAUUAUUAUUACUGGGCUAUUUCACCAUAGAAGCUGGUUUGGGGGUCAGCUACCUCUACUCCAUGUAAAUUGUUUAGUUGUGCUUGACGAAAUUUCUGAUUGAGCUUAUCAUUUACAAAUUCCAAAACUCCAUACACUUAUUCAGCAAUGGAAAAGACGUGUUUUAACCCCUAUGGGUAGAGUGACUAUUGUAAAAACAUGAAUACUUAACGAUCUGUUCUUGUUCUUUUUUUCUCUGAAAGUGAAACUAAUAAACAUGUUUUCUUACAGUGUACAAAGGUCAUACCAUUGUGGAAUCAUCCUAGUAUUCAAAUAUACACUGUCACUUCAAAGAUUAGUAGGUUUUGAUAUAAACAAUAUCGUUUUUGGUGAAUUACCAUUUCUGAAUUCCAUUGAGUCAUUAACUUUCUUAUUGUCUUUAACAAACAGUACAUUUUUAUUGUUUGAAAAAUAAUAAGGAUCCAAAUAUUAAGGAUUUGUUGAACCAUUUGAAAACAAAUCUUUGUGUUGAAAUAUUUAAUUAUGUUCGAAAUUUUUAUAUGAGCCAAUUUGAUACGACAGGGGAUGUUUACUCAUCCUAGGCACCUGAUCCCACCUCUGGUAUGUCCAGGACUCCAUGUUUGCCCACCUCUUUAUUGUGUAUUCCUUUUUAGAGUUAUGAGAUUGAUCACUCUUUGCUAUCUUCACCUUUCAUAGUCUCUUUGAUUAUUAGCAAAACCUAGAAAAGACUACUUGUUUGACAUUUCUAGGUAUCGGCCUUUUUUUUUUUUACGGUAGAAAUAUUUUCUGAUGUGAUCAUAAUGCCAUUACCAUUCACAAUGUUUCCGAACAUUUUUUACCUCUUUCUGGAAAACUUGUUUAGUUUUGAAUUAUACAUUUUGAAUCUUGAAAGUACAUUCCCCAGUUUUAUAAUAUGAUCUUCAAAGUCAGAACCUAGCACCAAGAUAUCGUUUAAAUAUGGUAAACAUUCUAACCAUUACACACCUUGUAACACCAACUGUAUGACUCUACUGAAUUUAGCUGGACUGUUACAAAAACCAAUGAGUGGCGAAUAUGCUCGAAUAAUUUAUAUUUGGUAAUAAAUUGUGAUUCAUAAUAUUCCAAUAAGCUGCCUGCAUAUCUAAUGUUCUAGGAAAUCUACUUCCCCUUAAUGACUCAAUACAGUCAUUCAUACAGUCUACUCCGGAUAUAAUGAAAUUCAGGGGACCGACCUGAAUUCUUCAUUAUAUCCAAAGUUCAAUAUAAUCAAUGCUGAAAUACACAAAUAUUGCUACUGGGGAAUUUGAUUUAACUUCAAUAUAACAGAUAUUUCAAUAUAACCGACUUCAAUAUAAGUGGAGUGGAAAUCUACUUCCCCUUAAUGACUCAAUACAGUCAUUAAUAUUAGGUAAAGGGAAUGUAUUUCUAAUUGUGACUUUACUGAGUGCUCUAACAUCUAUACUCAAAAACAAAUUGAUGUCAAAGGGGUUUCAACAGUGCUGUUUACAGUUAGCAUUUCUAUGGUCGUGAUAACGAUCUAGUUUGCCAAUACAACCUAUCAUUAGGUAAGAUGAUGUUUUGACAUGUUUCAUACCAAUUGUUGGGUCGUUUUUGGCAUACUGAAUUUUACUAUGGAUUACUCCGUUUACCUGAUCAAAAUAUAGGGCUCACGGCGGGUGUGACCGGUCGACAUGGGGUGCUUACUCCUCCUAGGCACCUGAUUCCAGGUGACCGUGUUUGCCCAACUCUCUAUUUUGUAUUUCUUAUAACAGUUAUGAGAUUGAUCACUGUUCGUUAUCUUCACCUUUCAUACAUGGUAAAAUCAAUUCUUAAGAUUGAUUACGAAUUAUGACCGCCAUGUUGAUUUAUUUUCAUUUCACAUGACUUUGUGACAUCGGUAGCAGCCAUGACAACAACUACCUCUGUCUUAGAAAACAAGAACAUUCGAUUGAUUUUAUCAAUUCAUGCACCUUCCCUUUAUCAUAUCGUUUUUAUAAUAUCAGAACAUUAGUACACUUAAACUAGGACUUUAAAAGUUUUAAAAUUUAAGAAAACGUAGAAACUUCAGAAAACUAUUUCAGCGUAUAUAGCGACGUCGCAACGUAGAAGCAAUAAAUGUCAAUACAAAAGAAAGCAUGUAUUGACAUAAACUAAAAUGUUUUCCUACAUCGUUUGAUAUUUUCAGACGGGGACAUCUUUCAUAGUUUAUAGCUCAUGUCCUAUUUAUAUUGUUGUACUGUUGUAAACACAUGCUGCCGAACACAAACACUACAGCUGGUGUUGUCCCACUUAAAUUUCAACCCAUAUUAUCUGCAGGAUAAUAAUGUCCCAGAACAUAUCGCAACCUAGUCAGUGCAUAUCCUCUAUAUUCUGCUGUGUGCACGCCCUGAUCAAGGUCAUUUCAGACACCCGAUCCUUGUCACUUUCACGAUUGGUGUAGAUCGACAGAAAUGGAAUCACGACGUUUGAAGGUGAAGACCAUUUCGAGUGAUGAAGGAAAACCGCUUAUGGAGGUGAUAGAUUAUGAUGGCUACUUAUUUCCAAAUCACUUGAGAGGUUACGAGCAAGCAGAGGAUGUAGACAUCUUAGAGUUUCUAGAUAGCCUUAAUCAGCUUGAAUUUUUUCAUGACGAAGUAGCCAUAGUUUCUUAUCCACGGUCAGGCACACAUUGGACAUUUGAGUUAUGUAACAUGCUCAAGUCGGGAAGUUCUGAUUUCAUAGAUACAAUGGUACCAAACUUCGAUUACAGUCCUGAUGAAGAAUUGGUAGAUGCCAAAAACAAAAGUCGUGUUUACACCUCUCACCUGUAUCCAAGACACUUUCCAAAACAGUUUUUGGAAAAAUGCUGCAAGAUUAUUCUUGUUUAUCGUAAUCCAAAAGACGUGGCCGCGUCAUACUUUAACAUAAACAAUAAAAUGAAAUCCUAUAAUGAAGGAGGGUUGAGCUUCUCCGAAUUCCUGAAAUGUUAUCUCAGUGGCAAUGUUGCUUGUGGGAGCUGGGUCAACUGGAUGAAAGAAUGGAAAACGUUUAAGAAAGAAAACCCAGAGUAUCCCUUCUUGGAGAUAGCAUACGAGGACAUGAAAAAGAAUCUUAAAGAAAGUGUUCAGGAAAUAUCCGACUUUCUUGGUCUCAAUUCCCCGCCAGAGCUGAUAGAAGACAUUGCAAAGAAAUGUGAAUUUCGCACAAUGUCAGCUCACAAAAAUGCGAAUGUUCCGGAACCGUUAAGACAACUAACAAACACAGGAAAUGAACAAAGUCACAUUAUCUACGGAAAAGGUUUGAAAUAUGUUAUUUUUCACAUGAAUAUUCAUUUUCAAUUCCAUGUCUUUGUACAGACCCUGGAACGAACUACUACACCAGUCGAACGCUGGGGUAGCAGGGGACAGUUUCGCACUAUAGGCCCGGUCAACUUUUUCAAAAAAUGGAAAUACCCCAUAUUUGAAGUGAUAUUACAUGUGUAAAAAUGUAUACAAUAAUUUUAGGAUGCAUGUCAAAUGUAGCUGAGUGCUUCAUAAAAAUGUUGAUAUACAACAUGUAGGUGUCACCAUGAUUCCUAGCUUAUAGAUGGGUGCAAAUACGAAACUAAGACACGUGGUCAGUUGCUGAAGAAAAUCCGGUGAAAACAUGCAGGGUCUAGCAAAAGGUCGGUAGCUGUGAGGGAAGGUGGAUGGCCCCAUAUGCGAGGUAGAUGUUUUAGAAGGGCAGAUAGGGUUCUUGAUUGUGCACAGUGUCUAAAUCCCCAUGUUUGGUACUGUGAUGGUGUGGGGGUGGUGCGGAUUAACCCAAAUGAGGGAAAAUCAAAGCAAAAAAGGGGAACCUGCUCAGGGCAUGUUUUGUGCAACAGCACCAGUAUUUAUAGAUUACAUGUAAUUUAGGGUCAUAAUUUAUUAACUACACUAAUAUGAAAUACAAGUAUUGACAUAAAAGGAAAAUAUGAUUUUUCAUUAGUCUGUCAUAAUCUGUCUUUGGUGUAUACCCCCUAUCCACAUGUUUCAAAACCAAAGAAACUGUCCCCUGCCACCUGGACGGUUUGGAAACGAACGGUUUUGUUUGGGGAACGAACGCUGAACGGAUUGAACAGAAUUAUUCUUAACGAGAACGGGCGGUUUUUAUCAGGAACGGAUCGCUUUGAGACUGAGAAUGAACGGUUCUCAUUGCGAACGGAACGCUUUGGUCCAAGGUGGGAACGUACGUUUAAUUUAAUAAUAACUAAGCAUUUUAAUUUGAAAUUCGUCAAUAAUAAUUAUUAUUUUCAACAAAACUUUAGUUUGCGUUUAAAUCUGAUAGUGUAAUGUCCGCACGCAUUGUUUAAGGAUCAUGGUGACUUGUUCUGAUUGAAGGUUCACGUAAUGGUACUCAUUCGGGUCACGUACAUUAAAAACGCUUUGAAGACACCUGUCAAAAUCAAGGAAGCCAAUGUCACCUGAUACAGGGAUCAACAGGGGUGACUCCGUGUCCACUUUCCCGUAAACUGGUACAUGUACACCGUUACUCUAGCGACUCUUCGUGUCUCGAUCACUUCAUACAUACUUCUGAUGACACCACAACAAAUUCAUUUUAAUUUUCCAACACUUUCACUGUAAAAGAGAAAAUCUUAUAAUUUGACAUUUUUGUUUUGAUAUCCCCAAUUGACAAAAACAAAACAAAAAUAAUCAAUCAUAAAUUAUUUUUUUUAAAAACUCCACUGCACGAAGUUCUUCCUUUCAUCAACAGUAACAUUAUCGUAAUUUAUUUAUUCAUUGGUUUCAAUAUGAAUAAUCCAUUUUCACAUGUUUUCUUCUUCAAUAAGUUUAUUUCCGUUCACAAUCUUCGUGAAAGUAAAUUUGCCCUUUACCCCCAAAAUAAGAACUAUGCUGUCGUAUCGUAAUGAACUGGUUUGUCUGUAAACUUUUAUGGAUUUAAACCGCAGAACUGUCCACCCUUGUACAACUUUAGAAUAAUGUGUCAAAUCAAAAGCGAUAGUCUUCUUACAUCUUGACCAUUCGUCAUGCUGACCGACAAUGACGGACUGACCCACGAGUUUCGAAUGACAUGGGAAUGGAAUGCUUUGUGCUGGGAACGGAACGCUGAGUGGUUUGAACGGAACGGUUGAUAUGGGAAUGGAACGGUUCUUAUCGGUAACGGAACGGUUCUUUUCGGUAACAGAACGGUUCUUAUAGAUAACGGAGCGGUUCUUAUCGGUAACGGAGCGGUUCUUAUCGGUAACGGAGCGGUUCAGAUGAUGCAGAAGUAUCCUCUAGGAUCUGUACAUAAUGAAACUACCAGAAGCAGUGUCGCGAUUUAUCAUUGCUUUGAAUGACAAAGCAUGUUCUCCGUUUCACUUUUUUGUUUAGGAUAUGUGGGAUCUUGGAAGGACCAUUUUACAGUGGCUGAAAACGAGGCUUUUGACAAAUCUUUGGAAGCUAGCCUGUCGGAGUUGGGGUUGAAUCUUACCUAUGAGUUGUAACAGACACCCUACACAUUUCAAUCAUUCAAAAAGAAAAGUAAUCAUGUCCUCUAUAUAUAUAAACCUGAUAGAAAUAAAACAAAAGUGUUGAGUAUUGAUCUAUUAUUGGACUUCACAAAAUUCAGAAUGAGUUUUUAUAAAGGACAAGGUACGGUUUUAGCCAAAAUCUGGCCUGUCAAGAAAAUUCACCAAAAUACUAAAUCUGGUAUUUGAGAAUGUGCCAUUUAUGAAAAUGACCAUUGUUAUUCUUUAUCUACCACAGCAGCUGCAAUAUAUUCAACGGAAAACUCUAUAUUAAACUGACGACGUCACCAACUUUGACGUUAAUUUUGACGUAAUAUACGAGAGUUCUCCCCAAGUGAUGUUUUGAGUAGGAAAAUAAAAAUUGUAUCACACAUAGAAGUAUUAAUUUUUAAUAAAUGCGAAAUUAUU